AUGGGUGCUGCCCACCUAGCCGGCACUCAUCAUUUUGAAAUGAGUGAUCAUGUGGAAGAAAACUGUACUGAGAAAAACACUUCUACCCAGGAGGCACCUGCAAAAGCAACUGCUACUGCUGCCAAGGAUUAUCCAAUAACACAGAAGCAGCUGCAGCAAAUAGAGAGGCAGCUGAAAUGCUUAGCAUUUCAAAACCCAGGACCUCAAGUAGCUGACUUCAACCCUGAAACUAGAGAACAGAAAAAGAAAGCCCGUAUGUCAAAACUGAACCAAGAAUUUUUUUAUAAACACAAGACUAUGAAGAAGUAUGACAAACAUGGUAGGCUUCUCUGUAAUAAUAUGGAUUUGUGUGACUGCCUGGAGAAGAACUGUCUGGGUUGCUUUUAUCCAUGCCCUAAAUGCAAUUCCAACAAAUGUGGACCCGAGUGUCGCUGUAAUAGAAAAUGGGUUUAUGACAGAAUUGAGACUGAAGCCGGUGAUGUGAUCAGCAUGUUACCAUUUUUUGUCCCUGACUGAUGUUUUUGUGUUGGGUUUGUAAUAUUUUGUAGCAAUGUU